CUUGGAUACGUACAAGGUAUGUGCACUUAUCGAAACCUUGUAACGAGUUUUGAUUGUUCGACAUUUCAGAUUGAUACCAUGUUUCAGACCUGGCGAUUAUCCUUUGUCUUUUACUCUCUACUCUGACGCUAUUUUUCUUCUUUGCUUCUGCUUCCAGGGCUCAAUAAUGCUGCUAUGAAUUUUGGCAUGGCGAUUGCACCUUGGCUGUUUGGACUCCUAGCCGACGUGACAUCGACGAAUACUAGUAUUUGGAUAGGAAUAGGCAUAAGUUUCAUCGCUGGUGUCAUCAAUGCUCCGUUGAUGUGGAGACCAGAAAUGGGCCCUCCCCCGAAGCCACUCCCCUACGACGAAUGGAUUCGCAAAAACGAAGAAGCAGAACUGGGACAAGAGAUGCUGAGCGACGAACACGUGCCCCCGGCUCUUUUGUUCCUCAUCAAUCGUCAGAGAGGAAUCGAGAACAAACCGUACAUACUUCCAAAAAUCAAGUCGUAUGCCGAGGACAAGGACAAGCUCGGAGAGCUUCGUGCAAACGCACUCGAUAAUUACCGUUUCCGACACGCCCUCCAGGACCAGACACUGGCAGAACUGACAGCGCCAAACGGUCGGUUCAAUGCAGAGGAACUUUGCGAUCUAUUGAACACGGCCAUUUCGAACGUUGAUGAAGAAGCAGUAAACCAAUCCACCGCGGAUGUCGGCCAAUGGAUUGGCGAUUACAUGGCUGCGAAUGGAUAUUAUCCCCACCAAAACAGUCUGAUUAUCAAGCAGAUGAUAAUGUCCACCUUUCCAUCUAUAAACACGGACGGCAAGGCAACGCCCGAAAACAUCGAGCAGACCCUGAUUCGAUCCCGAUACCUGAUUGGCAAGUAUGCCGACCUCGAGGAGAAAAAGCAUGGGAAGUACAGUUUGCUCGGAGGAAUUCUGGGCAAGGGCCACAGGCCACAAUUCUUUACCUAAAACGAAAGAGAGGUUGGUGUUCAAUUUGAUAUUGAUAUAGAUCUGUCGAGGAGUCCAUUAAGCCAAUAGAAGACUCUUAAUUGC